UGUGGCUCAGGCUUUUCCAGCGGAAGUGCCCUGAACCAGGAACCGCAGGAAACAGUGACAUGUUCGUGCGGGGAGGCGGCUGCUAACCACCGGAGCACGGCCACACAUCCAGGGGACACAUGGGAGGGUCUCAGAGCAUCCAGAUCCCGGGCGGAGGGACCGAAGGGUACCAUGUCCUCAGAGUGCAGGAGAAUUCCCCCGGUCGCAGAGCAGGACUGGAGCCAUUCUUUGAUUUUAUCAUUUCCAUUUGUGACACUAGAUUGAACAAAGACAACGACACUCUGAAGGAGCUGCUGAAGGCCAACGUGGAGCGUCCCAUUAAGAUGCUGUUGUACAGCAGUAAAACACUGGCAGUGAGAGAGACCACAGUCACACCCAGCAACAUGUGGGGAGGCCAGGGGCUUCUGGGAGUCAGCAUUCGCUUCUGCAGCUUUGAGGGCGCCAAUGAAAAUGUUUGGCAUGUUUUGGAGGUGGAGGCCAACUCUCCUGCAGCCCUGGCCGGUCUGAGAGCUCACAGUGACUACAUCAUAGGAGCUGACACCGCGUUGAAUGAGAGCGAGGAUCUGUUCUCCCUCAUCGAAACCUACGAGGGGAAGGAGCUGAAGCUGUACGUUUACAACACAGACACAGACAACUGUCGAGAAGUGGUCAUCACCCCCAACGGUGACUGGGGUGGAGAGGGCAGCCUCGGAUGUGGGAUUGGUUAUGGCUACCUGCACAGGAUACCCACGCUGCCAUUUGAAGAUGGAAAGAAGAUCAGUUUUCCUGCUCAGACUCCUGGUGAUGCAGUUUCUGCACCAAAAGACGGUUUCACAGAGGUGCAUCUUUCCGCCGUCGUUCCAACCGUUCCAGUUGUCGUGUCGUCGUCUUCAUCGACAGGAUUAGAACAGUCUCUGUCCGGUUUGUCCGUCAGCUCCCACCCUCCUACAUCCAUUAGCUCUUUACAGACAGGAGUUCCUACUGUCCCUCUACCCAGUCACGGCCCCACCUCCUCCUCACAGAGCCUUCCUUUAUCUGUUAACCCCACUUCUUCAGUACCAGGCUUAAUGCCGUUACCUGGAGGUCUUCCACCAUUUCCUCAUUUACCAAACUUAAACAUCCCUUUACCUAAUGUGGGCCAAGUAUUGCCACCUGGAGUUGGAUUUCAACAUCCAGGUCUCCCCCCUCUCAACCUGCCCGGUGUGAUCCAUGGAGUCACUCUGCCUCCGUCUGACUUUAUUCUUCCACCAGUGUCUGCCAGUGCUCCUGCUGUUCCACCUGACAACACAUCCCCCUCCUCAACUAUCCAGAUGAGUUCAACGACGGAAGCCCCCGUGAGCGCCUCUGAAUCAAUAAAUAUCACAAUGUCUAUGGACUCCUCUUAACACAGAGCACCAUCUGUCAUUGUUGUCUUGCGCUCAAGUCUUUAUGCGAUAUUACCAGUCGUUUAGCUAAACCACUGAGUUGACUAAUUGCUCCUACACAUAUGGUCAGGGUGGAGCUGCUUUAAUACACUGCUGAUUUCACAGCAAAGGUCAGGUUUCCCUAAAUGUGAAAAGGCAGCAGCAGUUCUGCAUCUGAAAAGCAACAAAAUUAGUCUCCUGAAGAGGUUUAAGACAACGUAGGUAGGAUUUUUAAAAUUUACAUAAAGUAUGAAAUACAUUUGAGCCAGAUGACUUGUCUUUGUGAUUUUCUUUGCAUCUCUAAGAUCUUAAGGGGAAGAUGGGGCAGUAUCUUAAACUUGGGAAUUUCCUUUAGAAGCAGGUUUGCUUCCUAAAUUGCUGUAGCCAAUUAAUGUAUUAACGGUUUUGUACAAAAGAAUUAUUUGUAUGUACAGUGAGACAUCUUAUCUUGAUUAAACAGAAUUUUCUCAAUGUCA